CGGGAUAUUAUCUAUAAUAACUAUCACUGAAGGACAUAAUAAAAUAUCACAUUUGGGAAAACAGCAGAGUGACAAUGCCAGAGGAGAAAGUGUUUCAGCAGCAGGCUGUCCACAGCCCUCUGGAGCAGCAGAAGCAGAAGCAAGGAGGAGGAGGACCUAUUCCCUGUCAGAACUGUGGAAAGCCGUGCAAAGGGGAGGCACUCCGGGUCCAGAACAAACACUUCCACAUCAAGUGCUUCGCCUGUAAAGUAUGCGGUUGUGAACUGGCACAGGGAGGAUUCUUCGUGCGACAGGGUGAAUACAUCUGUACUCUGGACUACCAGCGACUGUACGGGACUCGCUGCUUCAGCUGCCAGGACUUCAUUGAAGGAGAGGUGGUGUCCGCCCUGGGAAAGACCUACCACCCCCGCUGCUUUGUCUGCGCCUCCUGCAAACAGCCAUUCCCGGCUGGCGACCGAGUGACAUUUAAUGGGAAGGAGUGUAUCUGCCAAAAGUGUACCCAGCCUCUCGCUGCCAGCAGCCCUGCACCCAUACAGGCUGUCCACAACUGCUGCGGCUGUGGGAAGGAGUUUAAGAAUGAACAGUCCCUUGUGGCGCUGGACAAGCACUGGCACUUGGGCUGCUUCAAAUGUAAAGUGUGCAACAAGGUGCUCAAUGCCGAGUACAUCAGCAAAGAUGGAAUCCCCUUCUGUGAGAUGGACUACCACGCCAUGUUUGGAAUCCAGUGUGAGAGCUGCAAGAAGUACAUCACUGGAAAAGUCCUGGAGGCUGGAGAGAAGCACUACCACCCCACAUGUGCACGCUGUGCCCGCUGUGAGCAGAUGUUUGCAGAGGGAGAAGAAAUGUACCUACAAGGAUCUUCUAUCUGGCAUCCUCCAUGCAGACAAGCAGCCAAGCAGGAAGAGAAGAGCAAGAAGCAGGUCCGGAUACAGCUCAAUGACAUCCCUGAGCAGCAGGUGACCCGGACUUCAUCUGAGAGCAUAACUUCAGUCCCAGCAUCCAGCGCCUCGGGCUCUCCCAGCAGAGUCAUCUAUGCCAAACUAGGAGAGGAGAUGCUGGACUACAAGGACCUGGCAGCCCUCCCAAAGACCAAGGCCAUCUAUAACAUAGACAGGCCUGACAUGUUGUCCUACUCUCCAUACGUCAGCUACCCGUCUGAGGAGCGGCACUACGGAGAGUCCCCCCAGCUGCUUUCUCCUACUCCUACUGAGGGCGAUGGGGAGAAGUCACCCCUUCAGCGGAGGCCCUCCAGCCCUAGCUCCAACAGCUCCCUUGGGGGCUACGGACGGUACACCCCCUGCCGUUCCCCCCAGAAUUACAGCCGACCAGGGCCAGAGGUAUACCUUGGUGGUAGACACAGCAGCCAGGCCCAUGACUCCAGUUCUCACGUUUUGCCUCCAGCCCUCACGGGUGCCAUUAAGUACCCGUCCACCUGGGCCAGGGAUUCAUCUUCCCUCCCUGUGUAUGCUGCUGGGGCUGAAGGGAUCGGUGGUGGUAGUGGUUGUGGUAGUGGCAAGUACUCGCCCACACCAGUAGGCGGCAGUGCAGGCUUGUCUUUUCACCUAAACCCCACCACCCUAGCAAUGCUGCAACAGCACAACUACAUCCCUUACUUCAGAGGUAGUGAAAGUGGACGGAGUACCCCCAGCUUAUCCACCUAUUCUGAUGGCAAAUCCCCUUCCUCUACUUCUACAUACGUGGCUGCUCCCCGCCAUUUCCACGUACCAGAGACUCUGGUCAAAGAUAAUAUCUAUAGAAAACCCCCUAUCUACAAACAGCAUGCUUCUAGAACAUCCUGGCAGGAUGGGGAGGAUAGCAAGAGGACCAGUUGGAUGAUCUUAAAGAGUGAGAUUGAUGGUCCAGAAGACCUGGACCCCCGCAAAUCGACCUGCAGUCUGCCUACUGACACCUCCCAGCCUAAUUUCCCCUACAAUAAGUCUGCAUCCUUACCCGGCUAUGGAAGGAAUGGCAUUUAUAAGGCUGCUGAGAUGGUGGAGGAUGAAGCUGACCCAGACUCCCAGAGCUGGGGAGGCAUGAGAGAAUACAAGAUCUACCCUUAUGAAAUGCUGGCAGUGACACAUAGAGUGAAAGUGAAGCUUCCCAGAGAAGCCGAUCGCACCAGACUGGAGAGACACCUAUCCCCUGAGGACUUCCAGCAGGUUUUCGGCAUGACCCUGGAGCAGUUUGAUCGCCUGGCGCUCUGGAAGAAGAAUGACCUGAAGAAGAAGGCCCGCCUUUUUUAGACAGGAGAGAAAACAAAAGCAUCUCAACAAGCAUCCGUCCUGUGUGGGAGGAAGCAUAAAAAAAACCACCCCUUUGGAAAUAUCUAUAUAUGCAGCACCAUGAUACCCCUACUCUCCACCUGUAGAACGCCAUGCCAUCUGCUUGUGAUGCCACAAAGGGGCCCUCCAUGUGGAAACAUUUUCACGAUGUUGAGGCAGCAUCUUAAGCUUUUUGUAUGCAAUGUGGUCUGAAUGUCUGACUGACAGCCUUAUAGAGGAGAACGAGGAGCUGCGUUUGCAUGGCCUGUGUUGAUGCUCCUUGCCUCCCGUGAGGUUUCUGUAUCCCCCCCCUCCGUCUCGACGCUUCCUUACACCUGGCAAAAUAUUUAGUAAUUACAAACUAAGUCUUGUGCGGGCUUUCCCCCAGGUUUCUGUGGUUCUGACUGUAUAAUGUGCGCCUUCUUCUAAGCGAUCAAUCUUGAUUAAUCUUAGCUUACCUCCUUAUAUCUUGUGUUUUCAUUCUUUUAUUUGUCUCUCCGGAUCAUCAGUUUGCUGCUCUACUUGUUCUCUCUCGCUGUCUCUCCAUCAUUAUAAGUUUUAUCCCUGCACUGAGUUACUGUUACAUUGUCAAGCCAGUUCAUUUGUACAACCCUACCAUUACUUAAGGACAGUGAAGAGAAUGCAGACUGUAAACACUGUUCAAGCAUGCCAAGGCCAAAGACAGGGAUAAGAAACAACUCCAGCUCCUAUUAUCUCUUUCUUUAAAUACUCAUAAAGCAUCUUAUUUUACACUUAUGUUUACAGUAUUCCUUAAUGUUUUCCUUUAUCAGAGAAGUUGAGAAAGACUGGCCCGGUAGUUUUGAUGUGCGGUCCCAUAUCUUAUACAUACAUUUCAUAAAUCAGCGCAGCUAGGAGAGCCAGGGCUGGACAAGGGCCUCAAUACGUCAGUGAAUCACAGAUACGAGGAGGCUUUGGGAGGGGCCCUGCAGAAAACAUACAGUAAAGUACAAUUUCAGGGUGUGCAAAGGUGUCAAACAUGUAGGAUUCCCAGAGUCACCUGCCCUCAAAUCGAACAAACAAGUGAAAUUAUUUUUCUAAGCUAUUUUUGACGUCUGGAAAGGAUCAUUAAACCAAUCAUGAGACCCAGCUGAGAGAAAACAUAAUUUUGCUACCAGAAAGGAAAAUGCCCAUGCUGAUUUUGCAAAGCUUCACAGACCUGCAGCAAAACAAAAGGGGGGUCUUACUUGAUUUAUGAGUCAAUACUCUAACUGUGUUUUACCUUCUCAGAUGGAGAUUGAACUCCUCAUGUUUGUUGUUUAAAAGCAUUGUUGCGUACAGUAAAAGCUCCACAUUUAAGUCCGUCAGCUUUGCUUGAUGAUUUCUGGACUGUUCAUCGAUCAACUUGCCAACUAACAUAAUGCAAGAUUUAUGUGAACUUAUACUGGACAUAUACCAGAUAUAUUUGUCUGUCAUGGUGUAUAACUCUUCAGGCAUGCAUGAGGAUUGAGGUUUGUUCACUGACCUCAGAUUAGAAGUGAAUGAAAACAUUAUCAUCAAUGUGGUUUGAGUGAAUAAUUCUCUGGUUAAGUUUCAUCAAAUGAAAUGCCCGGGUCAGCACUUGCAUUAGCCUCUGUUGGGUAUUCAUUGAAUUGCAUUGGGGAAGGGAUUUUAUUUCAAAAUCUUAAGGGUGUAGUGCUGAUAGAAUAGCAUCACAUCAGUAGAGAGCUUUUGAAGAGAAACAUGUCAAAUUUUGAGUUUGUGUUAAAUUUUAUUUCUCCUGUAAGUAACACACUAACUGUUGCCAUGAAGCGUCAUGUCCUCUUUCUAAUAUCCAUCUGCUAUUAAAGUGCUUUAU